GCAGCGCAAUUAGACAGCCUUGCGCCCCGGGCACAGCCCGUCGCCAAGCGACAACAGAUGGUGAUACAGCCUGGCAUAAUACCCACCUACUACAACGUGUCAGGACCACAGCCUGGUACCGUCGUCGGCCUUGUUUUGGGCAGCGUCGCCGGUUUCCUACUUGUAGUCUGGCUGCUCUACACGCUCAUCAACGGCAACACCAGGACGGGGACAACAACAGCCAUGGCAGGGGAGGAAGAGAUUGUAGUGCGCAGACCACGCCGGAAUUCACAUGGAGGACGGUCGAGAGCGAGUCGUCGCCAGGAAGUGCGCGAAGUCAGUAGGAGUCCAAGGAGGUCUGGUACGCGAUCGCAAAUCAUUGUUGACGAGAGGCGGCCGCCAACGAGGGCGCGGAGCGUCAUCGUGGAAGAGCGACACCGAGUACCGGGCGAUGAUGUGGUCGAGGUGAUUGAGGAGCAUGACGAAUACCGUGCAAGGAGAGGCAGCCGGCGA